GGUUUCACAGUUAAGGCCACACGAAUAUGAAGCUCUUCCUUCUUCACGGUUUGACAGAAGGAUAAGGUGAGCAGCGAGCAACCGGCAAUACGAGUUCAACCUGCGGGUGACAGAGAUGCUCACCCUCACAGCCAGCCCUGCAUUAGUGCCUACAAAACGCAGAGCCCAUGUGAAACUCUUUACAGUUCAGUGUAGCAAUUUCCCUUCUUUUCUACCCAAAGAGGUUGAAAAUAUCAAAGACCCAUUUGCAAGAAGGCUUGCUACCAGAAUUGAGAGGCUGCCAGUGGGGUUUGCAGACAGAAGUAUCAUGAGUAGUUGUGUGAAGCCUUUAAUACAGAGUGAGGGAAGUCCAGUGGUUCUCCUCCAUGGUUUUGACAGUUCCUGUUUAGAAUGGAGAUACACAUUUCCACUGCUAGAGGAGACUGGUUUAGAGACUUGGGCUGUCGAUGUUCUUGGCUGGGGUUUCUCUGAUUUGGAGAGACUUCCAUCAUGUGAUGUUGUAUCUAAGCGUGAGCACUUGUAUCAGCUCUGGAAAUCCUAUAUCAGAAGACCCAUCAUAUUGAUUGGACCAAGCCUUGGUGCUGCUGUUGCAAUUGACUUUGCUGUCAAUCAUCCUGAAGCAGUAGAAAAGUUAGUGUUGAUUGACGCGAGUGUAUAUGCUGAAGACACAGGGAACCUGGCAAAGUUACCUAGAGCUAUAGCAUAUGCUGGGGUUUAUCUACUGAAGAGCACCCCCUUGCGCUUAUAUGCUAAUCUUAUCGCAUUCAAUAGUCUACCAUUAAACACCAGCAUAGACUGGAUGAACGUGGGCAGAUUGCAUUGUCUAUAUCCUUGGUGGGAGGAUGCAACUGUAAAUUUUAUGAAUACUGGUGGUUAUAAUGUCAGUGCCCAGAUAAAAAAGGUCAAGCAGAAGACCCUUAUCAUUUGGGGUGAGGAUGAUCAGAUCAUUAGCAACAAGUUGGCUGUGAGAUUGCACUGUGAACUACCAGAUGCUGUCAUACGCCAAAUUCCAGAUUGUGGCCACCUUCCUCAUGUGGAAAAGCCCAACUCUGUUGCCAAAUUGAUUCUGGAUUUUGUGGGAGAAGAUAGCAAUAAAGAAGCUCAAAGUGUUUCUCAGGUUUGAAUCCAAUCACAAUUAGUUUUAAAUUUUGGAAGAGAUUUGUGCUUCCACCAAACAUUCAAAGCAAUUUGAAGCAGGGAGAGUAAGAACAUCGAAGAGGUCAGGGGAUAGUCUUUAAGUUUUGUUGCCUACAAUCAACGCACUCCCGGAACAAGAAGACGUAGAUGAACUCAAUGCCAUUUUGUGUCUAUGAAUAUGUUGCUCGUUGUUUCAAAUUGCAAAGUAUUUUGGUGCAAGAGUAAAUCCGUAACUCAGCAUAUUAAUUUGUGGGUGUGGAAAUGGGAAUCUUGCUGCGAUGUUGGAGGUUGA